GGAAGCGGAAACGCUCUUUCUCUUUUCCGACUGUGUUCGCAACACAGCGGCACAUGUGCGCUUGUGAAAUCAUCGUAAUCGAUUAAGAUGCGCAUCGAGAAGUGUUAUUUCUGCUCGGCUCCGGUUUAUCCGGGACACGGAAUGAUGUUUGUACGCAACGACUGUAAGGUUUUCAGGUUUUGUCGGUCCAAAUGCCACAAAAACUUCAAGAAGAAGCGAAACCCAAGAAAGACCAGAUGGACCAAAGCGUUCAGGAAGUCAGCGGGCAAAGAGCUGACAGUGGAUAACUCACUGGAGUUUGAGAAGCGCAGAAAUAUUCCUCUCAAAUACAACAGAGAGCUCUGGAGCAAGACCAUGGAGGCCAUGAAGAAGGUUGAAGCCAUCAAGAACAAACGGCAGGCUCGCUUCAUCAUGAACAGGUUGAAGACCGGCAAAAAGCUGGAAGAUGCAGCAAACAUCAGUGAGGUGAAGAAGAACAUUCACCUGAUCAGAGCUCCACACGCAGGUCAAGCCAAACAGCUGGAGGACAAGAUGGUCCAGAAGCUGGCAGAAGACGUGGAGAUGGACGAGUGAAGCCAAGAAAACGCUUCUCAUUGGGACUUUAACAAUCCUUCUUCUUUUGUGAGCAUGUGGUCAGUCUUGAUUUGCAUAAACGUGAAUAUUGAUCAGAACCAGUGUCGACCGGACGGAGUCAAAGUUUCCCCAGGAUUAAUACUCUUUAAAAUCACCUUCCCCGUGCUCUAGCGGCUGAAUAUCAUUCUGGGCAUAUUAAGUGUUCACGUGAACUUUAUAGACUUUAGCAAAAAAUAAUUUGAAUUAAAAAAAACUUCUAGUACAUCUGUGAUCAUUUUGAAAAUGUGAUAUUUUUCGUGUUUCUAAAGGCCUAGGUGCCAACAGUAUGCAGAUAUGUGAAAAAUAUCCAUAAUUUUGGCUUAAAACGUGUUUUAAGUCUAAUUGUCAAAUAAAAACUAUCAAAAAAUUAAAA